ACUUGUUCUUUGAGCACUGAACAAACCAUGACACUGUCAUGUCUGAAUGAAAAGAAAUGAAAGAAGCAACGUGUAACCCCUUCAAAGAGAAAAAAGCAACCAACUUUGAAACUUGAACAUUAAAAAGAGUAGUGAGAGAGUGUGUUAUGGAGAGACAAAGAAGAACAGAAGCAGAAGAAGAAGAAGAAGAAAAAGGUAGUGAGAAUAAGAAAGAACAGAAGGUUUCAUCAUCAGUUUCAAUGGUGGAAAAGUUGAGAGAAAGUAGAAGUUUUCUGUUAAAGGGUGGUGGUGGAACUUGUUGUACUACACCACCACCUUCAUGGAGACUUGAGGAGGAGCUUCCAUCAUCACAAUCUCCAUCAAAAAACAAUCCAAAUGCUAAUGCUUUUCAUCAUCAUCAUCUUCAAGAUUCAUCUCUUUCUUCAAGACAACUUUGUGCUACCCUUUGGAAAAUUCAAUCCUACAACCAACAAACUCAGGUUUCCAGAAUGAACAGCCCUGCUUCCAUCAGGAUCCGCCGCCGCCGCCAUCGCCGCCGCAUUAGACAGCUGGCUCAGCCUCCAGAUACCCCUUUUGACCAGAAAUCAUCUGCUAGUAGUUUGAAAAGGCAUGUUGCAUCAACAUUUAUUCAGCAGCAUAGAUCAGUUGAAAGUGAUGGAUGUGUUGAAAUGGAAGCAGCACCAUAUAAUCCUUCAUUAACUCGCUCGAAUUCAACUGAUUUCAAAGGUAUGAUCGGAGAGUCGAGUUACAAUGUUACAACAUCCAAAGAGUUAGUCAAGAUACUGAAGAGAAUCUGGAGUCUCGAAGAACAGCACGCAUCGAAUGUAUCAGUCAUGAAAGCCUUGAAAACAGAGCUGUAUCACUCUGAAGCACUGAUGAAGGAGUUACUUCAAGAGAAGAAAAUGAAUAGGAAGGAAAUAGAGGACUUAAUGAAGCGAAUUAAGGUCGAAAAACUUGUUAGGAAGGACAAGGUACACGAGAGAAUCAAAACGGCAGUUAAACCGGUUGAACAAGAGCUUGAGAAUGAGAGGAGGUUAAGAAAGCAUUCAGAAAGCUUGCAUCACAAGCUAGCUAGGGAGCUUUGUGAAGUGAAGGCUUCGUUCGCCGGUUGUUUGAGAAACCUCGAACGAGAGCGAAAAGCUAGAAUACUUUUGGAGAAUCUGUGUGAUGAGUUUGCCAAAGGAAUAAGAGAUUAUGAACAAGAAGUGUAUUCUCUUAGGAGGAAUUCUGAGAAGUGUUCUGAGAAUGAAAAAGGUCUUGAUAGGCUAAUACUUCAUAUUUCGGAAGCUUGGCUCGACGAGCGAAUGCAAAUGAAGCUAUCUGAAUCCAGCAAUGAUCUCAUGGAGAGGAAUUCAAUUGUUGACAAGUUAGGAUUCGAUAUUGAGACGUUUCUUCACGCGAAACGAUCCAUUGAGUUUAAAAAAUUCGGUUACUCCUCCCCCAAGGAACUCAGGGAAAUUUACCCUUGUCAGCAACAUUCAUUGGAUUCCUUUCCACUUAAGGAAGAUUCCAGUGAUACCAAAUUUCUCGAGCCAAAAAGCGCGAAUGGCAAAGAAGAAGUUGGCAAACUUGGCUCCAAAAUGCAGGACAGCAACAAAACAGGGCUAGUGGUGAAUGAUGAGGCCAUAGAAGUUGCACAAGAGAGUGAUAAUAAACCCUCUUGGACCCUUAAGAUGAACUCGAGUAGCCGGUCUUCUAACCCGGCCGGAAACAGUUCAUUGUCAUCAGAAAAUGGUGCUAAGAUUCACCCUGAUGAGAGUAUUUGCAAAGCAGAUUCUUGUGCUGCACUCAAUGUUGAUAACAAUCUUGUGGAACUGUUGAAAUCGAAAUUGAUUGUUUCGGAUUCUGAGUUGCCGAUUAAAUUUCCUAAGGGGGUAAAGGAGAACACAUUGAUAGCAAAACUUCUAGAAGCAAGGUUGGAGAGACAGAAAUCUCGCUCAAGAUAUAGCAGAAGCAGCACUUGUUGAUGAUCAGAUAGUGGAGUUUCUAAUGAAAAAUAUUUGGAAUGUAAUAUAGUUGAAAUGGGUUAUUAACACUUAACACUCUGAUAUUUAAUCAAAUUCUAGUUAUGUAGAAGAAUAUAAUAAUGUUGUUGUCAAUGGCAUUGUGAGAUAUAUGAUGAAGAUCGAUGUUGUGUUCAAUAUCACACUAUCUAUAUG